AUGUCGGCCCCUCCACCUCCCGAAGCUCACCCUGUCAAUCCGAUUCGAACGCUCCUCACGAUGGCUACCGAAGCACCUUUCCCGGUAGCGGCACAUCAAGUCGAUGAGUCAAAGAGAUGGACCUAUCUCGACAACAUUCGCAAGACCCCAGGACCCUUCAGCGACCCUGAUGUGGCCGGAACAGAGGAGGCUUUUGAACAGUUUGACAAGAUCAAGGUCUUGGUAAUUGGCGCCGGAGGUCUUGGAUGUGAGAUUUUAAAAAACUUGGCCAUGUCGAAGUUCAAGGAUAUUCAUGUCAUUGACAUGGAUACUAUCGACAUCUCGAACCUAAAUCGGCAAUUCCUCUUCAGAAAGUCCGACGUCGGCAAGUACAAGGCUGAAGUCGCGGCUCAGUUCGUCAUGCGUCGUGUCAAGGGUGUCAACAUUACAGCCCAUAACUGCGCCAUUCAAGAUUUUGGUCAAGACUUCUACAAACAAUUCCAGUUCGUCAUAUGUGGAUUGGACAGCAUCGAGGCCCGCAGGUGGAUCAACGCGACCCUCGUACAGAUUGCUGAAGAAGGCGAGGACCCGGAUUCAUUGAUUCCCAUGAUAGAUGGGGGCACAGAGGGUUUUAAGGGUCAGGCUCGAGUCAUCGUACCUUCGAUUACAUCUUGUAUCGAAUGCCAACUGGACAUGCACGCACCGAGAGCCGCUGUUCCUCUCUGCACAAUCGCCUCGAUCCCCCGACAACCAGAGCACUGCAUUGAGUGGGCACACGUCAUCGCCUGGGACCAGGAGAAGCCGUUUCCAAAGCUGGACAAGGACGACACUACCCAUGUGUCCUGGCUGUACCAAAAGGCUCUUACACGUGCCCAAGAGUUCAAUAUUACAGGCGUCACUUACGCCCUGACCCAGGGAGUCAUCAAGAACAUCAUUCCCGCCAUCGCAUCCACAAACGCCAUCAUUGCGGCAGCAUGCUGCAAUGAAGCCUUUAAGCUCGCCAGCUCGGCCGCCCCAACGCUUGGAAUGGAGGAAAACUAUAUGAUGUAUUCUGGAAAUGACAGCAUCUACACCUACACCUUCAAGCACGAGAAGAAAGACGACUGCCCCGUCUGUGGACAGGAAUCGCGGCCGCUCGAGGUCGACCCCGACAGCACACUCCAAGACCUGGUGGACUCGUUUGUCAUCCGUCCCGAGGCACAAUUGAAAAAGCCUUCAUUCAGAGCCGCCAAUAAGACCUUGUACAUGCAGUUUCCGCCCAGCCUGGAGGAGAAAACACGGGCCAACCUUAGAAAGACCAUCAAGGAGCUCGAGCUGGAAGAUGGGCAAAAUGUUAUUGUCACGGAUCCUGCUUUCCCUCUGGAAUUCAACUUCUACCUGCGGUUCAAGAAGGCCGCAUAG